AUGGUUAAAGCGGCCCCUACAAAUCAGGUAGCCCUGCAGUACGCUCUUGAAGACCAGGGCCUGGAGCGGACUGGUGAUGAGAAGAAUCUCGUGCGCUGGGCGACCACGAACCCAAAACAUCCCAAGAACUGGUCCCCACUCAGGAAGGCUUACGAUGUCACGAUAAUUAUCUUACUCGAGUUCUACACGUACCUGCUCGCCCAGGGUAUUGGAAGUGUCAUCUUUCCUCCUUAUUCAGAAUGUUUCGGUCGCAAGCGAUUAUAUGUGGUGAGCACAGUAUUCUAUAGCAUCUUUUGUGCUGCUACUGGCGCGAUCUCACAUCCCGCUGCCGGCGCUGUUGGCCGCCUGGCCACGGGUUUCCUUUCGGCAGUCCCGAGUGUUGUAGUGGCAGGAAGUGUUGAGGAUAUAUUCGAUAUACGGGAAAGAAUCUGGAUCACUUUUCCUUACCUGGCGGCUGCGAAUUUUGGCAUUGCAGCAGGCCCAGUGAUGAGUGCAUACAUCACGGCUGAUUGGGGAUGGCAAUGGGUCUUCUAUUCAGCGGCAAUUGUGACGGCCUUCUUGGCCGUUUUACUACUGACGAUCCGAGAAUCCCGACCAAGUCUUGUCCUUGAACGAGAAGUAGCGCAAUUGCGCAAAAUAACGGGAGAUGAAUCUCUUCAAGCCUUGAACCCGGAUAAGGUGCCAGAUAUGCAGACAUUCGCGCGCAAUGUCGUCUUUCGACCAGCCCAACUGCUUGCCACGGAGCCUAUUAUUAUGGCAGUAUCGGUAGUCUGUGGGGUCUCUAGCGGCAUCAUCUAUCUUUUUACAGAUGUGCUCCCUCCCGUUUACAAAUCGUUUGGCUUCUCAACAACCCGAGCCAGCCUCCCAUUCAUCGCCAUCGGCCUCGGCUUUCUGCCAAAUAUAUUGACCCGCUUUAUAGAAUACCGUAUGGCUGACAAAUGCCGUAAGAGAGGCGACCCUGUUCUUCCUGAACAGAAGUUGAUCGGGUAUAUCAUCGCGGCUCCUGUAUUGAUGGGAGGAUUGUGGUGGUUUUCCUGGACGAUCCCACCUGAUAUUCAUGUGCAUUGGUUCAUUUCGGUUAUCCCCCUAUUCUUUGUUGGAUUUGCCAUCAAUGAAUUUGGAGUUGUGCUCGUGGGAUACAUGAUGGACAGCUACCUGUUGUUUUCAGCCAGUAGUUUUGCCGCCCUCUGCAUAGUUCGAUGCAUUCUCGCAGCUUCAUUUCCCUUGUUUGCAAGGAGAAUGUUCGACGGCUUGGGUCCUAACAUGGCAGUAUCAGUCCUGGCAAUAGUGGCCACUAUUUUCUGUGGCAUCGCGCCUUUACUUAGGAUGUAUGGGGAGCGGCUGAGGAAAAACAGCAAGUUCGCCGCCCAUAGUUUGAAAGUGCACUCGGAAAAUACAGUGGAGGAGGCUGUGCCUUGAUUGCAAGGAAUUUUGGGGGGGAUGAG